CGUUGGCUGCGGGUCCGUAACCUGCCGCCUUUACCCCAUGCCGAAUUCAGAGUCCUCACGUCAGCAAGCUCGAUUAUGGACUGUUUUUGCAAAGAGAUCAAAGUCAACUAAAUUCCUUCAGUGUGUGUACUUUCACAAUGUUUAAAAAGGCAAUAGCCUAUAGAAAGAGGCGAAGUGGUGCUGUGAGAGACAAUGAUAUCCCAAACAAACCCUAUUCGAACAGCGAUAUCGAACAAAAACAUGGGGCCGAGUCACCGCACCCGGACCCUCUAGGUCUGAAGGUUGUGCACCGGCCGACAACAAGCCGUCGUGGGGAUAUCAUAUUCGUCCAUGGCCUUGGAGGGUCCAGUCAGAGGACAUGGUCAAGGAAUGGCGACCCUACUUUGUUUUGGCCAGGGAAUUUCCUUCCUAUCGAGCCAAAUAUCAAAGAAGCGCGCAUUUUGACAUUUGGUUACAAUUCAAACUUCGGACCAGGCAGUGGGAAGAGCAUAGCAACGAUCCUUGACUUCGCCAAGGAUCUUCUCUAUGACAUGAAGUAUGCCAUAGAUGAGACAUCUACGCUAAAUAGUGAGAACCUUCACUUGGGAGAACGGCCAAUUAUCUUCGUCGCACAUUCCAUGGGCGGUCUUAUCGUGAAAGAGGCAUUUAUUCAAGGGCAGAACGAUCCUGCCUACUCUAAAAUCUUUGAAGCAGUCACAUCAAUUGUAUUCCUUUCGACGCCGCAUCGUGGCACUAGUUUGGCAGAGGUAUUGAAUCGUAUACUACGGGUGUCCUUCGUGAGCAACCCGAAGCAGUUUAUUGCGGAGUUGUCUGCUGGAUCGCAAUCACUAGAGAAGCUCAACGAGCAAUUCCGACACAUUGCACCUAAAUUGGAGGUCUUCUCUUUCUAUGAAACUCGGCCAACCUCAAUAGCGAAGACCAGCAUGAUGGUUUUAGAGAAAGAUUCCUCCAUUCUCGGUUACCCAGGAGAAGUGUCCAAGCCCCUAGAUGGAGACCAUCACGACGUUUGCAAGUUUAGUGGCCUGGAUGAUCCUCGAUAUGUUGCAGUUCGAAAUGCUCUAAGAUCACUACUUGGAAAGACGGGGCAGCUAAGGUUCCAAGACGGCACACAUGACCCCCGCCCAGUCCCGAAAAUUAACCUUCAGGACUACCUGUCUACUCGUGAGACUCCUCAAAGCGACUAUCACUUCUUCCGUGGCAAGUGGGUGCCUGGUACUUGCGAGUGGAUUUUGGACAACGAGCUAUUUACCUCGUGGCUCGAUGAUUUACGUCCUAAACCACGAGUCCUUUGGAUACACGGAAGUGCAGCAAGUGGCAAAUCUAUUCUCUCUUCCUUCAUUAUUGACCAUCUCAAUCAACGCACGCUACCAUGCCACUACUUCUUCAUACGAUUCAUAGACCGGAAGAAACGGAUGAUAAGUACGGCAUUGAGAUCUUUAGCAUUCCAGCUCGCCAAUUCCGAUCCAGCUUAUGCGCAGAGUCUCGGUAAGUUGGUAGAUGCCAUUAUCAACAUCAAAGAGGCAGAUUGCCAUAGUGUCUGGAAGUGGCUCUUCAAACAAGCUCUAUUUCAACUAGAAAUAAGAAACCCAAUUUUCUUGAUUGUUGAUGGCGUUGAUGAAGCAGACAGUCCGGAUUCUCUUAUCCGAUUGUUGGUGGACCUAUCCCUGACGAGCAUACCUCUACGGAUAUUACUUGUCAGCCGCAAAACACACGAAAUCUCCUCUGGCUUCUCGAAACUUGGGAUAAAUGUCCACGUAGAUAAUAUCCCAACGAAAGGCAAUGUGGAUGACUUCAGGUCCUAUAUCCAGCACGAAAUUGACAUUGGCAGCAACACCUCUUAUUUGAACGACAUCUCAUCAAAGUUACUUCAAAGAGCAAAUGGCAACUUCUUGUGGCUACAUCUAGCCGUGCAAAAGAUGAACCAGAGCUAUACAAUACAAGACGUCGAACGCGCUAUGGAUUACCUUCCUUCAGGGAUGGAAGCUUUGUACGAUCGAAUGAUGUUUUCUAUACAAUCCCAGCCUAAAGAGAGCGAUCGCCAACUAGCACAUGACAUUCUAAGCUGGGCUUGUUGUGCCCAGAGGCCAAUGAGAAUAGAAGAGCUCAGCGAUGCACUGGCUAAUAGCGGUGUCCUAGAGAUACAUAGGACAAUCGGGGACCUUUGUGGUGGGUUUGUUGUUGUUGAUAACGAGGGGAAAGUAACUUUAGUGCACGAAACCGCCCGUGAGUACCUGAUUAGAAGAAGCGACGGAGAGCGCUCACUCACUAUUGACGAAAAGUUGGCCAACUACCAAAUAUUAAGGACAUGUAUAGCGCGCCUCACAGAUCCAUUGUUACGGAGCCAAGUUAGCCGAAAUCAACAAUCUGCCUUACUGGACUAUGUUACAGAAGCGUGGUUCAUUCACUUCGCUCAGUCUCCCACGGAUAGCCCGGAAGUGCUAAAGACUAUAGUAAACUUCCUUAACAGCCCGCACAUUCUCACAUGGAUAUACAUUAUCGCUAAGCAGAAAGAACUGAAAGUUCUUACCGUAGCAUCUCGUCAUAUUACAGAUGUUGCCCUCGAAGUACGGGCUUGUGGAAUCGACGAGGCGCUGACAAGGCGCUCAGAUAUUGACUUCACAAUGACCUGGGCAACAGACUUAGUCAAGAUCGUUGGCAAGUUUGGCAACAGCCUUAGGCAAUAUCCCAACUCCAUAUACAAGCUUAUUCCUCCAUUCUGCCCUCAGGCUUCAGCCAUAUACCGACAGUUCGGCAGUAAGAAAAGUAGUGAACUCCACGUCUCAGGUUCCGCCCAUGCCCAGGGUUACCCAAUUGAUAUAUGGGAUGACUGCCUCACACGCUUCGUCUUAGAUAAAGGCGCAAUCGCUUGCUCCGUUGUCGCUGCUGGAAAUCACAUCGCCGUUCUCGCAAACGUUCGGAAAACCGGCUGCGUGACUAUUUACCAAGCAACCACAUUUGAAGAGCAGCGCCGAGUAAUUCACCCAGAACGAGUUUUGAUGAUGCAUUUCAAUAGGCUUGGCUCUCUUCUUGUGAGCUAUGGUUACAUGACGACGCGAGUCUGGGAUACGACAACUGGUGGCUGCAUCAAAACGGUCAGGAAUCCACUGGAACGACCACGACCACAAACCCUGCACUUCUCACAAGACGAUACCACUGUCCUGGUUGUGAGCCAAGACAGAUGUGUCAGGUCAUUCCAGUUGACGGGAAACAGUAACGAAUGGGCUAUCAACGUCCGAAUUGACGAACAGAGGCUCGCGAACCCUAUCUUGAAUUUCCCUACGUGCUCAGCUCUGAGUCCAGACGGAAACAUGAUAGCAUUCGGAUACCGCAGCCACCCGGCCACGUGUUGGGAGCUAGAACCGCUUAUGCUGAUGGGUCAAUGCAAUUUUAAGCAUGAAAAAUCCGAUAGGACAAUUGAGGAAUACCCAUCUAAUGAAGUGAUUCAACUGGCUUGGAACCCACUGGCUAUUGAAGUCAUUGGCCUCGAUCAGGUCGGUCUCUUAUUUAAGUGGGAUCCAUAUAACGACGAAGCCAGCUUGAAAUGUAACACAGGAGCAGAUCGUUUCACACUCAGCCAAGACGGCUCUCUUACGGCCACAGGGGAUGCUUUGGGGACUAUAAAGAUACUCGCGACGGCUGAUUUCUCCCUGCUUUACCGACUUUCCUCUCAAGAUUCUGUCACGUGCCUUUCUUUCAGUAUAGAUUCACGCCGAUUGUACGAUGUCCGUUUAACAUACGCCAAUGUUUGGGAACCAAAUACGUUGGUUCGCCUAGCUGAUAGCUAUAAGUACCUUGAUAACAAUGGUGCCACGCACAGGGGUACGGAUAGUAUCGCUAAGUUCCCUGCCAAUGUAGAACACCACUCCCCUCGGGUUGAUAGCAUCAUUACUCUUGCUAGCCAGACUACUGGCCCGUUGUACUGCUAUGGCACAGAAAAUGGUGUCGCAUACCUAGGGGAGGUGGGACGCGGUCGGAUCUGCGAAUUGGAACGAAUGAAGGGUCUCAUGUCAAUAAUGCAGAUAGCCUGGAGCGACAAUGGCCAACUAGUCGCACUAGUAGAUCUCGCUUGGAGACUUUCAGUCAAACGAUUGACCAAGACUGGCACUAACCCCGAUGAUUGGGACAGCCAGCCGGAGCUCAACAUUUCGAUACCCCCAAGCAGCCUAAACAGCGAAGGCCAUGUCGACCAACUAAUGUUCCAUAGCGUCAAGAACGAAUUGCUCGUCACCACCUGCACCAGACUACUCUCAGUCAACCUUAUAUCCCGUGAAGUUAAUGAAACACCAUUACUACCAUCCAUAGGAGAGGUCAGAUGGUUACGCCACCCGAAAACGGCGGAUUACAUACUCGGAUUCGGAGUGGCAUCUGUGAGAGUGGUCCACUGGGCCACUCUCAAAGAAGUCGUGGUUUACAACUAUUCCCCUCCGAGAAGUUUGGUUUAUUCCACUGAGCAGUCUGCUUCUUCUCUGCAAGAAAAUUCGAGAAGUCUUCCCAAGGAUACUGAAAAACUGGGGCGACUAUUUUCUAAUGCCGAUGCUUCACAUGUACUCUUGCAGAUAUCUCGCUUGAUAUCCGGCCAAGUCGAAAUGCAGUAUCUGAUAUUCGAUAUCGCCAAACUCGGGCUUGGCCCAGAAGCAGGUGAGAAGAUACCCAGCGAAGAAGAGAUUCCGUAUACGUUGGUUCCAGCAUGUAUUGCAAGCCGAAUACGUGAACCUCUAACUUUCUUAUCCAAUCGGAGACUUGUCUUCCUCGACAUCGAUCGUUGGAUAUGUUCAUGGCGCCUUCCAGUCCCACAUCUGGGGCAUCUCGAAGCAGCUCAAAGUGCUGAGGAAGGUAUUGCGACCAUCGAGCAGUACUAUUUCCUGCCUGGAGACUGGGUUACCGCUGAUGAGGUGCAUCUCUAUAGCAUGAUGUCGAAUGGAAUCCUACUGUGUCCACGAAACGGAGACAUCGCCACGGUCCAAUCCGUCAAGCUGAGGAGAUGAAUAGGAGAAUCUUUUCAGAUGUUUGUCACUUCAUUAUAGACUCGACUUGUGCCCAUGUCCUAAACCACGUAAGAUACAUGCAUAACUAAAUAUAAGGGCUGUCACUUAUAUGGUAGUUGGUAUCACAAUCACGUGACUUUUCCACCAAUGUUUCUAUAAUAAGGGCAGUAAUACUGGGUAGGGCUGCAUAAGUCCUUGGCUAACCAACUCCUUCUUGGCUGUUGGUAGCUUGACUUGACUCUAUAUACAACUGGUCUACCAGCCCAGACCGCCUAGGUCUCUAGGGUUUGUUUUAAGAAGCGAAGUCUAUAUAACCUCACUUUCCAAUAUUGC